GCCGUUCGGUCGAUAGCGGUCGUCUAUAAUACGGACUUUGCUUUUUCACCCAGCGAUUCACCGCCUCAGAAUUCCACCGGAGAUUGAUCGGAGAGCAACAUCAUUGCCGUCGAAGCAACACCGAAUUGGCGCGUUUCCAUGGGAAUUGUGGCUGUUCCCAGCUCAGCCUCCCGAUCGACGUUCGGCAGCGGCGGCGGAUUCACGGUCCGCCGCUCGCCGCCUCUACGGCGACCUUUCGUCGUCUUGUCCUUCAAAGGCGAACCCGUCCCCAAGUGCUCCGAAGCCGUCGUCUCCCCUCCCAUCAAGGAGGCGAAGAAGAGUCCCGGGAAACGGUCCAAGAGAGGGAAGGGCGCCGUGGUCUCCGCCGCCGCUGUCGCUCCUUCUGCCGACGCUUGCGCCAGAGAUCCAGGAUACGAUGAGGUCGCCGCCGCUCUUGAGAACAUCUACAAGCUAAGCCCGGCUGAUGUCUUGGACUGGGAGUCGAACGGGGUGGGAAAUGUGGUUAGGAACAGGAAGAAGAGGGCGAAAAGGUUAGGUCUUGAAGAAAGAGUGCGUUUGAGGCAGGGGAAGGAGGAGGAGGAGGAGGAGAGCGUCGAGGCGAAGAAGAGAGGUCGGAGGAGGGAUUUGGAAGGGGAAGCGGAGACAUUAGUGAGGGAGUACUCCAUUUCCACCGAUUUCUACAGCUUGGAUUGGAAGAGGGUGAAGAUACCACCAGUUCUUAGCUCGGCUGAGCACAAAUGGCUUUUCGAGCUGAUGCAACCCAUGAAGGCAAUAAUGCAAGUGAAGGAGGACAUGUCUAAGGAUCUGAACAAGGAACCAACCGAUGGUGAGCUGGCAGAUGCAGUGAACAUGAGCAUUCUACAAUUAAGAAGACAUUUAGAGGUUGGCCAAGCAGCAAGGAACAAGCUAAUCAAGCACAACCUUCGACUGGUUUUAUUUGUUAUCAACAAGUAUUAUCCAGAGAUUGCAACUGGACAUAAAUUCCAAGAAUUUUGUCAAGCGGGUGUCACAGGUCUCAUAACUGCCAUCGAUCGGUUUGAACCCAAGCGCGGCUUCCGUCUGUCCACAUACGGCCUCUUUUGGAUCCGACAUUCCAUUAUCCGAUCGAUGACGCUCGCAAGCUUCACAAAAGUUCCUUUCGGGAUUGAGUCGGUCAGACAAGAAAUCCAAAAGGCCAAACUGGAACUGUCCUUCGAGCUGGGAAGACAACCUACCGAGAAAGAGAUAGCCGAACGAGCAGGAAUCUCACUGGAAAGAUACAAUGAUGUUGUCAAGGCAUCAAAACCAGUGUUUUCGCUCAAUGGAAAGCAUAUUGUAACACAAGAAGAAUACAUCAAUGGUAUUACUGAUCUAGAUAGGGAAGGCGAUAAACACAAACAACCUGCACUUCUACGACUAGCUCUCGACGAUUUACUAGAUUCACUGAAGCCUAAGGAAAGCUUGGUGAUGCGGCAGAGAUAUGGGUUGGAUGGCAAGGGGGAAAGGACCUUGGGAGAGAUUGCAGGGAAUCUUAAUAUAUCAAGAGAGAUGGUCAGGAAGCAUGAACUGAAGGCACUCCUUAAGUUGAAGCAUCCAACUCGAGUCGACUACCUUCGUCGAUACAUUUGACCAACAAUUCUGUAUAUAAGAUAGCUACUUUUGUAAUCAUCAAUUUCCUCGUUUACUUUUUAAAUAUUAAGUGAUGAAUCUUUGUAUUAUACUCACAGAGACGAAAAGAAAAAAGGUAUCGUUGAUACAUAGAUUGUAAUUUGUGCAGAAAAAAGACAAGAAGUUGGAUUAUAACCUAA